UCCAGGGAGUCGGCACUUGAGCACAUUCCUCGACGUGGAGGUUGGUGUAGCUCUCCAAGGAUUUGAUGAAGACCGUUUGUUAAGUUUAAUACGUUCACAGAAACUGUUUUGACAGAAGGAGCGCACACACGGAAAACUACGAGGACUGGAGUAAUAUCGGUGAACUGCUCCGCUUGGAUAAAGACACAAGCGCGACUGCGCUCACCAUUCCUCUUCUCCGAAGCAAAGGGGAAAGAAGUACUGAAAGUGGAGCGAGAGUAGAAGAGGACGUGUCUGCUUUGGGCUGAGCAUGGAGAGAGAAAGGGUCAGCACCAUGAAGGUCUUUCUCACUCCCCUGAUGCCCUUUCUGCUCUUCAUCAUCCUUCCAGAGGGCACUUUGUCUAGUGGCUGCCCAGAGGGCUGCACUUGUUCCACACCAGAAUCCAUCCUAUGUUACCAGAGACGAUCCUCCACCAUUCCCAAGGGAGUGUCGUCAUCAACGAGAAGCCUUUACCUCUUUGCCAAUGGCAUUGAGGGUCUGAAAACUGAGGACUUUGAUGGUAUGGAGAACCUGGAAAUGCUGGACUUGAGUCAAAACAAACUGACUGAGCUUCCAGAAAGGGGGUUUGAACCUUUGACCUCAUUGAGAAACCUGGACUUGUCAUCAAACCAGAUCACCCACAUUUCAGAGGAAUGUUUUCAUGGGAUGGCGCUGCUUGAGCGUCUUUAUUUGUAUAGUAAUUAUAUUGAGGACAUCCAUCCUGAUGCCUUUAUUGGCUUGGACCACCUGCUGGAACUCAAACUACAGGGCAACAGGUUGACAUCCCUGCCUGCUCUCUCAAUGCCCCGACUGCUGCUUCUGGAUCUUCGCUUUAAUGUCUUACCAACCUUGGGUCCUUCAGACCUCAAGACCCCAAAUUUGGAGUCCCUGAAAUUAGGUGGUGUGGGACUGACCACUCUGGAUAAGGAGCUCAUAGGCAGCCUACUGAACCUCCACGAAUUGGACAUCUCUGGAAACCAACUUGAGUCCUUCCCAUCAGUUUUAAAGGAGACCCCGGGGCUGAUCCACCUCAGCUUGGCUGGGAACCCUAUGGGUCCUCUAAAGGUUCAGGACCUGCAGAAUCUUGGAGAGCUUCAAGAAUUUGAUAUUAGCAGUCUCAGUCUUCAGGGCCUCCCUGAAGAGUUCCCCCAGCUCUUCCCCCACCUCAGAAAACUCACAGUUGCAGAGAACCCUUUCAACUGCCUCUGCACCUUGUCAUGGUUCCCAAGAUGGCUUAGAGCCCAGAGCAUCACUCUGGAGAGAACAGAGGAGACUCGCUGCCAUUUCCCACCUAUUCAUGCAGGAAAAGUGUUGGAAAGACUGGAGCAUAGGGAUUUUGGAUGUCCCACCACAACUACAGUCACCACCAGUACCGUCAAAACAACUACUACUCAGCCUGUUCCUGUCACUACCUCACCAAGCACUUCUAGAGCUGUUCCAGUACCCAGUGACAGCCCCACUGACGAAGACGAUGACUACCCUCUGCCACCUGUUCCUGCAUCCCCCAGUAGCAGCAGCAGGAUAGACACGGAUGAGGAACAGCAUUUCUGUCCCCCUCACACAUGUCUGAAUGGGGGUACUUGUCGUUUGGACCAGCAUGGUCAGGUGGAUUGUACCUGCCCACAUGGCACUUCUGGAUUUUAUUGUGAAAACCAAAACCAUCCCCAUUCACCACCUGAGGUUAAGAACCCAACGGCAACUGUGACUGUAGAUGCACCAGAUAUCUGCUCACAUCAAGCAAGCACCACCUCCAUCCUGCUGGACCUCCACCGCUACAUUGAGUUGCGACCUUACAUCCGUGGAAUUCGCCUUACCUACCGAAAUCUCUCUGGUCCAGACCGCAGGCCAAUUCAACUAAGCCUGCCAGCAUCCUUCCCAGAGUACAGACUAAGAGGUCUGAAGCCCAACUCCACCUACAGUGUGUGUGCCAGUCCACUAGGUGCUCCCAGUGGUGUAGACAGUGUCUGCACUGAGGCUCAAACGAUAGCUGAAGAUGUCAAGCCUCCCGGUGCACAGUUUGACGGCGAUCACAAGCUGACCACUAUGCUGGUACCUGCAAUUGCUAUCUUGUCAUUUCUGGUACUGAUAGCAAUAGUAGUGGGGGUGGUUUGCCAUCUUCGCAGAAAAAGGGCCAUGGGUCACCUGGACCUAGACUGUGAGCCCUCUCAUCUAGAGUUAGAUGGAGUUAAGACCGGCUUAGACAAUGGGGCAUUGCCUCAAAAACAGCCACAAAUUAUGAUCCCUGAACCUGCUGUUCAGAACGGCAACCUGGAAUAUGAGGUCUUGCUACUACAAGAUCACUGCACAUCAAAUAACAAUAUGUCUUCACAUAAGCCUUCCUACUUUUGACACCUUGUCUUGAAAAGUCAGGUCUAAAGGAUCGGCCAGAAAAAGCAAAGAAAAAUCUGGACAUUUAUUUAACUUAUUGCACUCUGGUUGUCUAAGUAGACAUUAAACAAGGUUAAGAACUUGUGCUUUGACUUUAAGAAGCAAUGGAUAUGCUUCUUCUCCAUCAGCUUUACGCAUCCUACAUCAAUGAUAUCUCCUAAUUGCAUAGCAGGACUGGACACUAUUCACCUACCAUGAAAUGAUAUGGGGACUGAUGGAGUGUCAUUGGUUGGAACCUGGGGCAAAGGGACAUUGUCACCUCACUUGAUUUGAGGUUGUGCUGACUUUCCCCAUCACAAAGCCUAACUAACAUCAGUAAUAGUUUUUUGCUGCAUGUUGUUACUCUUCAAUACUACCCCAAAGGGAUCAGUGCUUGCUGUGAAUGACCUUUAAAGACACCAAAUGAAGUUGUGCAGAGAAAAUAUUUGGUACUUGUAUUGCUUUAUUUGGCUCUACAACAUGUGACUUUUUUCUUUUCUACGUAUGCUUUUUAUACUUGUGUCACUGUUAUUUUUUUAAUAUGCAACAUUGUGAGUGUUAACAGCCCUCUAUACUCUCCUCCCCAACUUCUUGUGACUAACAGACAAAACAGCUGAUUAAAAUCUUUGAAGAUUAAAACUCAUUCGGUACCAGCAAAGUCAAUCAAAGGGCUUUGUGCUCAGAAUGUCAGACAGUCUAAGUAGAUGUGAGUCUGGACAGACUCAAGACUAAAUCCCCCGCUCUCGAUUCUGAAGCCCUCAGCCGUCUUUACCAUCACAAAGGGGGACGGUAAGCAGGAUUACAAAAGGUACGGAGGGAAGCAGUUGACUGAACCCCUUCUGUUUCAGUGCUGUUUCAGAUUCUGCCAGUUUUGGGCUUGCCUUAAUUUCAAUGAGCACUCCUUAGAUUAUGUCACAUCGAAAGAGAUCUUCAGUUUAUUUAUUAUUCAUAUGUCCUGCAAGAGGAUCUCAGUCAUAUCCAUCAACCACAAAUUACUUACUACAUACCACAAGGUCUGAUCCACAACAAGCAAAGCUAAUGGUGGCUGUGAAUUGUUUUCCUUGAGUAGAAGAAGCCUACUCAUCAUAAUGCUGUGCAGUUUCCCCCUAGCAAAGAAGCAGUGAGCAGUUUUGCUCAAUUUAGCUUAGCCAGACUGUGUAAAAGUUUGAGCACAGGGCAACAAAAACUUUAUUUAAUACCGUCGAGUGGACAGUAAUGAGAUUUGCAAAGUGGGAAAGCUGUUAUGAAGAAACAGAGCGCUGAGAUCCAAAUCUGUGAACAUGGGGCAAAGAAGGACUCAAAGUAACUUUGUGUGAUUGUGUGUGUUUGUGAGUGUGUUUGUGUAAGUGUGCGUAUGCCUGUAGAGCUGUCAACUGCAGUGAUAAUGCAAGUACAUGUUCUGUCUUGUGCAAAGACCUGCAGACAUCAAGUUACUAUCAGUUACCCUCUCUAUGUGCCCACAUGCCAAGAUGUACAGAAAGCCCCAAACAACUCUUCUUAUAGACAAACACACCAAAGACUCACCUGUAAGUGUCUGUAAAGAUACCUGCCUAGCACAAAAUUAACUGUUUCAUACUAACAGAAUGCCUUGAGUUCCCACACAAUAAGAACAAUCAAGCAAUGCAACUGGAAUAUAUGUUUGUAAAAUAUGAUACAUUGAAGAUGACCAAAAGUAUUUUCAGUGUGAUUGUGAAUAUUUCCCUGUUUUGGGAAGCCUUUUUCUUUUUUUAUUCAUUGUUUUUUUGUAUUUCUGUGAACUUAUUUGUGCAAGUCAGAAGUGAUAUUAUCAUUAAAUGAAUAUCCAAAAGUGAAA